AUGACGAGGACAACAAGCAGCGACGAUUUUUACGAGGUUCUUGCCCUGCCUUUUGCCGGGACUUCGUCUGUAACCCAUUCGAAGCAUCAGAUCAGAUUAGCGUACCAUAAGGCAUUGCUCAAGCACCACCCCGAUAAAGCAGGUGCCAUAGCAAAGGAGGAUUUUACAAAGACCGCUGCGUCCAAUACCUCGAACAACGACGCUUCAUCGAGUCCUUAUACUAUCGAUCAGAUCAGGACCGCCUAUAAAACCAUUUCGGAUCCCGUUCUUCGUGCCGAGUACGAUCGCUCUCUGCGGUUAGACAGGGCAAAGGCUGCGGAGCGGGAGAAGACGGCACAUGUCUUUCAUACUGGGCUUGAGGUCGUGGAUUUGGAGGAUCUUGCGUGCGAUGAGACCCCCAACGGCGAUGUCUGGUAUCGUGGUUGUCGGUGUGGUGAUGACCGCGGGUUCUCGGUCACCGAGGAGGAUCUAGAGAGGGAGGUGGAACAUGGUGAAAUUUUGAUUGGGUGUCGUGGGUGCAGUCUCUGGUUGAAGAUUCUCUUCGCCGUCGAGGGGGACGAUGGGUGA